AUGAACAACUUGUUGGACGUCGUCCUUGCCUUCAUAGUAAUGCUCGGUAUCGUUCAAGCUGCUGCUAGCCUCGUCGAUUAUGUUAACGUUCUAGCUGGUACUUCUAAUACUUAUGAGUUGUCUACUGGUAGCGCCACGCCCCUCAUGGGCCGACCAUUCGGCUUCAAUCAUUGGUCUGUUCAAACCGAACCCGACCAUGCUCCUAAACGCUACUUCGACCCGGCCUCGAGAAGCUUCUAUGGUGUUCGAUGCACUCACCAACCGUCCGUAUGGUUGGGCGACUAUGGUUAUUUUCUCGUUAAUGCUAUCAUAUCCCAUGACGAACCACAGCAAUCUGUGUCGUUCGCUCCGCUGCAGACUACUUACAAGCCACACUACUUCAAGUCAUCGGCUCUGUAUCCUGGUAACGCUGAUAUGGGUGGCGCUAGGAUUGAAAUGACCCCGACGGAACAUGCUGCAAUUUUUCGGUUUUCAUUCCCACCCAAGGUGAAUUCAGCGGUGCUCGUGAGACUAUUCGACUAUAACUCAUCGACACCAGUCGUGCUCGACAAGGAGGGUCGUUUUUCUGCUCAAACCAGUGUUAACAACG